UCCCGAUUCCCGUGUAUAUAUAAUGAUACCCUAUCGACAUUACGUGCACUGUCAUGUCUUUACACGUGUCUUUUAUUGGGCACAGAUGUUCAAGACAGUAGUACCGACUUCCCUUGUUGCACGCAUAUGAUAAUUUUAUUUGGUAACCAGACCAAAUCCUUACAUUAAAACAUGGCUACUGCCGAGACACAUGAGGAUGUUGAUCCCUCUCAUAAACUGUACAAAAGAAAACCUGGCAGGAGGGUGUUUGUCAACCGCAGUCUGAUGCUGGACCGAGUGAAAUUCUAUGGCUUUGACAUGGACUACACAUUAGCGGUCUACAAGUCUCCUGCAUAUGAGUCCCUGGGGUUUGAUCUCCUCAAAAAGAGGCUGGUGGAAAUCGGCUAUCCUGAAGCCAUCAAUGACUUUGAAUAUGACCCAACUUUUCCAAUCAGGGGCCUGUGGUACGACACCCACUAUGGAAACAUGCUUAAGGUGGACUACUUUGGAAACAUCCUUGUCUGUGUCCAUGGCUUCCAGUUCCUCAAAGCACAUGACAUGCACUCCAUCUACCCCAACAAGUUUGUGCAGAGAGACGAAAAUGCAUCCAGGUACCGGAUCUUCAACACACUAUUCGAAUUACCAAUUAUAUAUAUCCUGGCAUGCCUUGUAGACUUCUUCAGUAACCAUAGUGACUACACCAGGUUUGACAAGGGUGUUAAGAGUGGCGACCUGACGAUGACCUACCGGUCCAUUUAUCAGGACGUCCUAGCCGCUACCGACCAUGUUCAUCAGAAAGAGGGUCCGUUAAAAAGAGAGACGGUCAAAGAUCUGGAGCGAUAUGUCAUCAAAGAUGACCGACUUCCAGUUCUACUUGAUAGAAUGAGAGCUCAUGGAUCAAAAGUUUUCCUUGCCACAAACAGUGAUUUUGUGUACACCAAUAAAGUCAUGAACUAUCUGUUGGACCAUGACAAAUCACGAGACUGGACCAAAUACUUUGACUUCAUUAUCUGUGAUGCCAGAAAGCCGCUGUUCUUUAGGGAAGGAACUAUUUUACGCCAAGUGGAUAGAGAAACUGGAGCACUGAAGAUUGGCUCACACACGGGGCCCCUACAAUCAGGACAGAUUUACUCAGGAGGAUCCGUGGAUGUGUUCUCGGAGAUGAUGUGUGUCCAGGAUAAGGAUGUCCUAUAUGUUGGUGACCACAUCUUUGGUGACAUCCUCAAGUCGAAGAAGGACAGAGGAUGGAGAACGUUCCUCGUUGUCCCAGAGCUUGCCCAUGAACUCUCUGUAUGGACGGACAAACGCAAUCUCUUCUCCAAGCUAGAAGAGCUGGAAGGCAAGAUUGGGAAUCUCUUUAAGAAUCUCGACAGUAGCUGUGAUGUCAAACCAGAUUUAAAAGAUGUUCAGCAUACCAUCAGGACUGUUUCACACGAGAUGGAUAUGACCUAUGGCAUGCUUGGAAGCUUGUUCAGAAGUGGUUCCCGCCAGACUUUCUUCGCCAGCCAGGUGAUGCGAUAUGCCGAUCUGUAUGCUGCCACAUUUCUGAACCUUCUCCACUACCCGUUUUCGUACGCAUUCCGAGCCCCUCCUAUGUUGAUGCCGCAUGAGUCUACAGUGGGCCAUGAAGCUUUCUCUUUGGAUGACAAAGAGGUUGACAUGAUGGCGCCCAGAUCACGCCAAGUAGCUGCAUCAGACACAGAAGCUCGCCGGGGUCGUCUGGAACGCGCUGACAGCAUUGUGCCAAAUCUUUACGCAACAACACCUCGUCAGUUUACGCAGAUACAGGAAGACGAAGACAGCAGUGACGGUGCAGAGGAAGCUAAUACUGACACCAAAAAUAAAUAGAUCCAAACACUGACACAGAAAAUAAAUAGAUCCACACUUAAAUAUCGCUGUACAAAAUUGAUGCUACAUGUACUGUUUUUAAUUUGUAGUUGUUUCGUAGAUGUUUUGUAGAAAUUUGUAGCAAAGUAAUUUCUUUUGUCUUAACUGACAUUACAUCAACAUCUGAUUAAACCAAACAGUUAAACUGGAUCAGAAUGGAUUUUGUAGAUUUCAUUUUCUCAACGUUACAAAAAGAAGAAGGGUGAUUCGAGUAUUCAAGAUAAAGAGUUUCCAUGUUUGUCAUAGAGUUCCGACAGACACUGUAUGGAUGACAUUGCAAGUUUGAUU